AUGGCAAGAGGAACCGUGCUUUACCCAACUGCAGCAGUUGUCAUAAUUGCAUUAAUAGAAACAAUUAUCAUUACCGUGACUGUCUUUGGAAACGUCUUUGUGAUUGUGGCUUAUGUUCGAGACUCGCGUAUUCGAUCUAAAGUUGGAAAUCUCUUUAUUCUGAAUCUCGCUGUAACGGACUUUUUUAUCGGUGCAUGCAGUUUAACUUUCAACCUAUCAAGGUUCAUCGUGGGGCAUUGGCCACUUGGUGAAAUUGCCUGUAGGUUAUGGCUAGUCCUGGACUAUACGGUGAGCUGGGUGUCUAUUCUAACCAUGGCUUACAUCAGCUGGGACCGUUACUGCAUGGUCACCAUGGGUCUCAAGUACAAAUUAUGCCAGACAAAGAAGAGGGUAGGACUGAUUCUUGCGUCAACAUGGGCGAUCGUAAUAGGUUUCUUCUCGUUCCUAGAGUUCACCUGGAGUUCCAUGACCGGUCAAACUAAUGCGGAUCACUCUGAAACAUGUAGAAUGGCGUUCGUCUACAACCGUUUUGCGACAUUGUUCAUCAACUUUAUUGUCUUUAUCACCGUACUUGCCGUCGCAGUCGUGUUGAACUGUUUCGUCUACCUGAACAUUCGGAGAAGAACAAAGGAAAGUGAUGACCGUCAAAUUCCCCUGUAUUGCAAUGAACAGAUUCCAAAGCAAACAUCUGAUGCUGCCACCAAGAAACCCGUAUGUACAAGCUUGCAUGUCAAAGUUUCAUGUCAUCAAAAGCCGACGAGCAUGGGAAAAACGAUUUCACCCACUGUCGGUGACACUCGGAGCAUGGAGGCUGCGAGAUCGAAGCGAGAGGCAAGCAUCAACAGCUUUGAGAUGGCGUCCCCUGAUGCAAUUAGAAUAGACCUACGAGACAAGAAUAGCAGAAACAGACUAGUCAAGCAUCGAAAAGCAUCCAUCGUUUUGAGUAUCCUCACGGGAUGCUUCAUACUCUUCUGGACACCUUACAAAAUAAUGACAGUAGUCUUCGCCUUCUGUGGAUCAAACUGUGCUUCUGCUGUUUUGUGGGAGGUUCUAGAAGUUAUGGUAUGGUGCAACUCGACCAUAAACCCAUUCAUUUAUGCGGCCACGAAUGUCCAUUUUCGCAGAAACUUUAGCCACUUUCUGUUUCUUGACCAUUGGCCAUGCGGAACAGUUCAUCGUAAAGAUCACCAUACGGCUGAAGCCCGGAACAGGCAACCAGUGAAAGGGUUUUAG